AUGGAAAGAAAAAGAAAAGUAAAAGAAACAAUUAGUAAUGAUUCUGAGGAUGAUUAUAAUUUUCACCAAUUUACUAUUGUUAUGGAACGUAUUGUGCUGAAAAUGCACGUCUUCAAAAACAUCUUAAUAAAGAAAAAAAAACAGCAAGCUGUUAAUAAUAUAAGAAGUAAGUUAGAUGAUGAUGAUAUUUCAAGUGAUAAUUCAGAGUUAUCUAGGCUAAAGAAAAUAUCCAAACAUGCUAAACUUAACCAACAUUCAUUUGAUUUAAGUAUUAAUGAGCAUGAGCCUAUUCCUAAGCCAAAAGUUGGUCGUAAAUAUUUGGAUAUUCGCAAAGUACUCAAUAUAGAAAAAGAAAAGUAUAACAGUUAUUGGAAUUUUAGAUAUAUAUAG